AGACAUAAGGAAAGAGGAACAUACCAAAAUGUCACCUGAAGUAGCCUUGAACAGAAUUUCUCCAGCACUCUCACCCUUUAUUUCCAGUGUGGUCAGAAAUGGAAAAGUGGGACUGGAUGCUACCAAUUGUUUACGGAUUACAGACUUGAAAUCUGGCUGUACAUCCUUGACCCCUGGACCUAGCUGUGAUCGGUUUAAGCUACAUAUCCCUUAUGCUGGAGAAACACUCAAAUGGGAUAUAAUUUUCAAUGCUCACUAUCCUGACCUGCCACCAGAUUUUAUCUUUGGAGAGGAUGCUGAAUUUUUGCCAGAUCCUUCUGCCUUGCAUAACUUAGCUUCUUGGAAUCCUUCAAACCCUGAAUGUCUCCUCCUUGUUGUGAAAGAGCUUGUGCAGCAGUAUCACCAAUUUCAGUGCAGCCGAUUACGUGAGAGCUCUCGUCUCAUGUUCGAAUAUCAGACUUUACUUGAAGAGCCCCAGUAUGGAGAAAACAUGGAAAUCUAUGCUGGCAAGAAAAACAACUGGACUGGAGAAUUCUCAGCUCGCUUCCUCUUGAAGUUGCCUGUAGAUUUCAGUAACAUUCCUACGUACCUGCUCAAGGAUGUGAAUGAAGACCCUGGAGAAGAUGUUGCACUUCUCUCAGUUAGCUUUGAGGAUGCAGAAGCCACUCAGGUUUUUCCUAAGCUGUACCUCUCCCCGCGUAUUGAACAUGCACUUGGAGGAUCAUCUGCCCUUCACAUCCCAGCCUUUCCUGGUGGAGGUUGUCUUAUCGACUAUGUACCCCAAGUAUGCCAGCUGCUAACAAACAAGGUACAAUAUGUUAUUCAGGGAUACCAUAAGAGAAGAGAGUAUAUUGCAGCUUUCCUGAGUCACUUUGGAACUGGUGUGGUGGAAUAUGAUGCAGAAGGCUUCACAAAACUUACCCUGCUGCUGAUGUGGAAAGAUUUUUGCUUUCUUGUUCACAUUGACCUUCCCCUAUACUUUCCUCGAGACCAACCAACCCUAACAUUUCAGUCCGUCUACCACUUCACUAACAGUGGCCAGCUGUAUUCCCAGGCCCAGAAGAAUUACCCUUACAGCCCGCGCUGGGAUGGCAAUGAAAUGGCCAAGAGAGCAAAGGCAUAUUUCAAGACGUUUGUCCCUCAGUUCCAGGAGGCAGCAUUUGCUAAUGGGAAGCUUUAGGCAGCCUUGGGCACAGAGAUGAUACUGGAGAGAUCCUUCAAUCUGCGUGCACAGCCCACAAGAAGAGCGCCUGGCAACGGGUUGGACUGUCUUGAUGGGUGCUUUCUUGCCUCUGAAAUCGUUUUGGUAGCUUCAGGUUUUGUCAGGUUUCUGAAACAAAAGACCUCACUAACAUGCUUAAAACUGCAUAUUUGAUAUUUGGCCUGGCCCUUUGCCUUUGACACCACCAUUCCUUUAUAUAUCUACUGGAUUAAAUUGAAAAGGGUGUGUUUUGAUGUGAUAACAUAUUCUUGUGCCAACAAUGUCCUAUAUGUUAUGCCUUGUUUCUUUGUCUUCAGGUGGUGUAAAUUGGAUGUUUCCCCCCCCCCCCCAUGGAAAUACAGUGUAGUUUGUAUAUUUAGUUGCCAUAUCCAGUUUACCCUAAGCAAAUACAAAACUGCCGUACGUACCAGGAAUGCCUAAUGGACUGUACAGUGCCAUGUUCUGCCUGGGAGGUUUGUGUCUCGCUGUGGUUGUUACUCUCACAGGUAUGGAUAUGAGUUGCACACUUCGAUUCUCAGUGCCUUUCAAGUUGGUCUGCUAUUAAUAUGGCAAGGUAUUGGAGGGGUUUGGUUGUUUUGAAUACUUCAGUUGAAAGCUCAUAUGAAAUGUUGUGCUUUUAUGCUUUGUUUUUGUUUCCAGUUGUACAAUUUCAGUGGUUUGUUGUUUUUUUAUGAACUCCCCUUGCCAUUAUGAAAAAGUUCUACUUCUUUAGUACCAGUGUGUGAGGAACUAGUUAUAUAAAUCACAGUAACAAAAUAAGCUCUCUCAUAGACCUGUAAUUUUUCCGAAUAAGAUAAAUACUGCUGAGAAGCAAACUUUCAACAAAGGAAUGAAUGAUGUCUUGGAAAAUAACAGAUGAAAUACUGUAGAGCUGCAGGUAUUUAGCUUAAUGCUUAAGUUCAACAUGUCUUCUCAGAAAUAAUUUUAAGUGAAUAUAACUGGAAACAUUACCUCUCCUAGUUGUGAAGUGCAAAAUCCCACCUAUUCAUCCUUUCUUUCAUGCUUGUGUCAGGCGCACUGGUUGGGGCUAAAAUUGUCACGAUGUCACUUCCCAAAUUAAUUGGUAAAGAGACCAGGGUACUUUCCAGUAAGGAAUAAAAUUAACAGUGCAUGGAAAAUACACUGUUACUUCUGCUAAAAUAUAAGGAACUAAAUGAAUAGUAUGCAGAUGAUACAGUGGCGCUGGAAAACAUUUAAUUUGGAAUUAUCCACUAUAGCACUACUAUCUGCUUAUGUGAUGAAAUCUCAUCAAAUUACUUGAUUGGCAGUAUUCUCCUACCCUUUCUCAAACUUAUUAUUUUCCAUUAAAAUUAGUGCUUUCCAGGCUAACAUCCACCUAGGAAAUGCAGAUGGGGUUUGAGCAGCAAAGCUUAAUAAUUAAGAAUUAUGCAAAUAAUUUGCCUCUAGAAACUACAGGUAUUUUUAGCUAGUUUAUAGGCAAAAGUUUAGUUUCUGUUUAAUACUGAAUGUCUUGGCUGGAAAUCAAGCUGCAAACAAAAUCAGAAGCCUUAUUGCAAGAGGAGGAGGCAGGUUCUGUCCUGAGGGUUGUGAACAGCUCCAAAGGUCUAAGCCUGAAUUCCCUCUAUCGGAGGCAUUGCAUUAGGCUUUUGCAUGCAAACCAAGACUUAGAAUCAUAGUAUCAUAGAAUAGUUAGGGUUGGAAAGGACCUUAAGAUCAUCCAGUUCCAACCCCCUGCCAUGGGCAGGGACACCUCACACUAAAUCAUGGCACCCAAAGCUCUGUCCAACCUGGCCUGGAACACCAUCAGGGAUGGAGCAUUCACAACUUCCCUGGGCAACCCAUUCCAGCGCCUCACCAAACUUAAAGCAGACGUGGAGGGUUAUGGUUUUAUGUGAAUAGCAACACCAUAAGUGCACAACCUUACAUGACUGAAGACACAUUUUGUUCCGUAUACCAGGAUGAUCCCACUUCUGCAUUUCUUCAGGUAAAAGUCAAAGCCACACACAUAUUCAAGAAUAAGCUAACUCUUGUGAACAGGGUGGGAGAAGGAGGAUGGCUAAUGUAAAACAUUUGUUUUCAUAGUGUUCAAAACCUGAUAGAAACCAUCUCUAGCCAUCUUCAAGAGAUUAAAAACAAGCCUUCAAGUUGCAUCUGUAGAUUCGUGGAAUUGUGUUUUAUAUCCUCAUGUUUCGUUCAAUGUUGUAGUGGUUGCUCCAUGAACAGUGUUCUUCAAUGUUCUAACGUGAUUCAAAGACUAGCAAAUGUUAUUAAUGACAAAGUAUUUCAAAGAAGAGGUCCUCUCUUCACAGUUACUAUGAGUUGUCAACCAAAAAUCCAUCCUUCACCUUAGUCCUAGUACAUUUGGACAAAAGACUGCAUUACUGUUAAAGGACUAAGAGUUUUAGAAGCCAUGGAAGAAAUACUUGGACAAUAUAAAAUGCCUAAACCAGCAGUUCCUUGUGUUGAAUUCAGUAGUUUCACCAACUUUUCAUUGAUAUAUAUGGAAAGGAACCAAUGGUUUCAGUCUAAAUUUUUCAUCAUGUUGCAACAGGUAGUACUUGGGGGGGAGGGUAGAAAUGGAACUGUUUGUGUUUAAGAUGUGUAAAAUGAAGUCUUCAAGCUUAUCAAUUUUUAGAUUAGCAGAUAUUGUGCUUACACUCAAUGAACAUUUCUUUAUUUCAAAGCCACCAUACACUCUGACCUGCAAAGUAUUUUAUGGAGCUCUUCCUGAUGGCUCUCAGAAGAAUGUAGGGGUGUUAGCACUACAAAUGGGGCUGGAAGGAAGGGCAUAGAAAUGAGAGAAAUCAUCUCUCUGGAAGGAGGAAUACCAUAUAAAUGUUACAUUGGAAAAGAGAGUUAGUUUAAUUUCAUAUCAAAUCAAGCAUUUGUUGAAGGCAUUUAAAUUAUCCACAAAAGUUCUAAUUUAAUAAAUUUGAGUUAUUUCUAUUAUAUCCUUUUCUAUGAUAUCCAUUGCAGCUGCUUUAAUGGCAAUGAGGCUUUCAGCACUUUUUUUUCCUG